AUGUGGGAUUGCUACACAGCAUCCUUUAAAUCUGGAGCAACUCAUACUAGGAGUAAAUCAACUUUGUGGGAAUAUUCUUCGGUAUGUUCUCGGCUCACAUGGUUGGCAUCAGCUGCAAACCAAUUUGCGGGUCAAGUUCCCACAAGUCUUGGUCUCUUGGAACACCUCGUCUCACUUAAUCUGGUAGAAAAUCAACCAAGAAGUCAAUCAGAAAGUCAUGAACUCAGUUUCCUUACUGCUUUGACAAGAUGCAGAUCAUUGGAAAGGCAGUACAGAAAUUCAUGCCAAAUAAAGGGCUCAAUUCCAAAGAGAAUCAUGUCCUUGAAAUAUUUGAAUUGGCUUGAUUUGGGGGACUACAAUCUGAAUGGAGCCAUCCCAUCAACAAUUACGAGAAUGAAAAACUUGCGGAGAUUGUAUCUUGCUGCCAACAUCCUUGGAGUGGGAAGCUUUGGUUCUGUUUUCAAAGGAAUACUUUCUGAGGGGACACUUGUUGCUGUUAAAGUUCUGAAUCUACAACUGGAGGGUGCUUUCAAAAGUUUUGAUGCAGAAUGCAAAGUGCUGGCAAGGGUUCGACAUAGGAAUCUGGUUAAAGUCAUAAGCUCAUGCUCCAACCCUGAGCUAAGAGCUCUUGUGCUGCAAUACAUGCCCAAUGGAAGCCUUGAGAAAUGGCUGUAUUCUUUCAACUACUGCUUUAGUCUCUUCCAAAGAGUGAGCAUCAUGGAGGAUGUUGCAUUAGCUUUGGAGUAUCUUCAUCAUGGUCAAGCCGAGCCUGUGGUGCAAUGUGAUUUGAAGCCCAGCAAUGUCCUCUUGGAUGAUGAGAUGGUUGCUCAUGUGGGUGACUUUGGCAUUGCAAAAAUUUUGACCCAAAAAAAGACUGAAACACAAACCAAGACUCUAGGCACUCUUGGCUAUAUUGCACCAGGAAAAAACACACUGAUGAUAUGUUUUUCGGAGAAUUGA